GGCAGCCCAGGUUUUUGUUUGCAGCUAAAGAGCUUAAGCCCCUCUCGCGUCGCGUCUCCAAGCUCUAAUCGCUUUCAUCCAUUCCCAUCAUUCCUUUAACCGCCUGCCAGUAUCACAACUGUCGCAUAUUCCACCAUCACUCUUCCAACCUCCGCUCAUUUGAAAUACCAAAUUUUCUGAUUUGCAAAGUAUUCCCUAAAUCGGGUUAGGGCCGAUUGGAUCAAUUAGAGUUUAGUUGCGCAUCGCGUUUGCAUCGUCGCAUAACUCGUCGCAUCGUAUUCCUGCACAAUUCCAAGGUUCAACGGCACAUCGCAGCCACAACGCCAUACAUCAGCCUAUCUCAUCCAUGGAUUAAUCUGUUCUCAACGGACCACUACCAAACUAUCAUGUCGUCGAACACGCCUCAGACGAUGGAGGUGACAGAGACCAAGAUCAAGCGCAAGCGGCGUAUUCGCAAAAUAAUAUCACCUGAAGUCGGGUCUCUCUACGACAUUCUCCAUGACCAUGCAACUAAAUCCCUCUACAUCUCUCCACUUGGCUGGACUGACUUACACACGCAAUUGCUCGGCUGUCGGUUUGUACCACAGCCUUCGCAAACCACACCUACACCAACACCAGUAUCCUCCCAACCGAGAGCAUCACAACCUCAAACAUCCGACUUGGUAGUGUCUAUUGGAAGAACACUCGAUGACUUGAUGGAUCCGCUUCGCUCCGGACUGCCGACAGAUAAAUCAGUCCAAAACCUGUUGGCAUUCUUAUAUCCUGGACAAUUGUGCUCAGUGAACCCAGACCUCAAUAUCAGAUGUGGACGUGGCCGCCUUUUAGGUAGUGUGCGUUGCCAAGCUGUAUGGAAGAAAAGAGAAGCAUCAUCAUUUGAAUCCAUGACCACAUGCAGCUCAAGUUUUCAAGAAUCUCCCGUGACUCCGAUUCCAACGCAUGUGCCGGUAGUGGCCUUUAUUGAUCUUCAUACUCUGAGCUUCGCUAGAAAGAGCUGCUUCCGGGUCCGCGCAUUACCGGACGGAUCUUUAAACGUGCCUAUUCACCGCCUACACGAACUCCGCACGGCGAAACUGUUUCCCAAAAACCCUGACGAAGACCAAUACAUUCUUGCUGCCAUGUUAGCAAUGGCCCAACGGCAUGUGUACACCAACAUUUACACAGGGUACGGAUUCGCGCCGAAAGAUGUUGAGCUUCGUGUCUUAUCAGUUUCCCACGAAGACCAAUCGCUCAUCGUCUACAAAAGCAUCAUACCGGCAGCAUUUCUAGGCAUGUUCGAUGACUUCAGCAAGGCGCCGCGCGGGGAUGCAAAAGUCACAAUUCAUUACCAGAGAGUCCCGGUUUGGCCAAUUCUGGGUCUUAAAGAACGCCUAGGUCAAGCUCUCGGUCAAAACCUAGUUGGCGAAAUCAACGUGGACCGCAUGGAGACCUACCAGGAUGAACCAUGGUCCUAUUCUCAGGAUAGCGACGACAUGCUUGAGAAGGAGAUUGAGGAGGAGGAUUGGGCAACCACUUUCCAGCAGCUCACUCAGCAUAAGGACUUGCCGCCACCUCCCCCUCGUGUACCAGAGUCGUCAAAGCGCAAGAGAAACAUCCUCUCUGAGGUCAUGAAUGUGAGCUUCUCCGAGGAUCGUGAAUCCCCCGACUUCCCGGGCAACUUGAUGGUGAAGCGCAGACAUUUAGAGGAAGGAAUGAACGAUAGGCGGACAAUGCCUAAGUCCCCAAGUGGGAAAUCAUGAGUUAUGGAAUGGUUCUUCGAAUAAGGCACAAGAAGAGGCAUCAACUUCAAGUGGGUUGCCAAUAUCAGGUUUUAGAGAAGGGGUGGGUGGUUUAUCCAACAACGUCAUGCAGGGGGCGGAGGGGUUGCUGGGGCCGGGUGACGACGGUAUACAUAUUUAUUCGAUUCGGGGGGUUACCAUGAUGCGAUGACAAUUAUUACGAUGAGGGACUCGGGAAUAUGGGUACGGCUACGGCGUUAGCUUGAGGAGGGUAUACCCCAACACAUUUAUUUAGGGCUUCUAUUCUUGUAACGCAUUCUGCGAAUGGGAUAGGGCGUACAUGUUGCAUGGUUAUCAGCAUCGCACAGCAAAGCUUGCUUAGCAAAAGAUGAGACGAUUCUACCAGCCUCGCGGCUGGAAUUCUCUCGGGUUCAAUAUUCACUCGGUGAUUCACUUCUGAA